CUCUCGUGUUUCAAACCUUGUUCAGUGUUCACGAUCUGGUCUCCACUGCAGUCUCAGGACGGAUUUAGAGUUCGUAUAGCUCCAGUUAUUCUAGACCGUAAUCAUCACCGUCAUUAGCUAUUUUAAUUUGUGGGUCCUCUAACCGAACCCCCACUUCGUUCAUCAGAGCGAGACCCCACCGGUUUCACCUGUGAUUUACCACUCCAGUUUUCCUGAGCAACGACAUCUUCGGUGCUAUACCAGGGACAGGCAAGGUGUCUGUAUCAUCAGGUAUUUUUGAGAAUGACAACAGCAGAAGAUACUCGCCCUUGACGACGCCACGUCCAAACUCCUCCCCUACUCAACACCCAGCAGUCCCUCCCAUCCCCACCCCGCCCCUCUCUCAACCCCAAAUUACCAAGCUAAAAAAAAAAAAGAAAAGAAAUAAGAAAGAAAACAUGGCGGAGGCAUGCCCAAUCGAACAGAGUAACCCGUUCAACGAGACAACGGUGGCGGCACUGACCUGUGGCGUCUGCCACUGCGAUUUCGACAGCGGGCAUCGGCGACCCAUCAUCUUGCCCCGCUGCGGGCACACCUUCUGCAGGCUUUGCGUGAAGGAACUGGCUGCCAUAGGGGACAUCAUGUGCCCGGCGUGUAGAGCCAAAUACCCAAACACAGAGGUCGACGACCUCCCCAUCAACUUCAACAUCCAGUGUCUCGCGGCUUCGCCUGAAUCACUCAUUAAUACUCCAGCUGCCCCUAAGCAAGUUAAAGAUGAUGGCACAAAGUGCACGGAGCACAAUCUCCGUUUGUCCUUCUGGUGUUCUAGCUGUGAGGUGGCUGCCUGUGGCGAGUGCCUAUUCGAAGAGCAUCCAAAGCCCUCACAUCAGAUUUGUCGCAUUCAGGAGGUCAUCCACAAGGUAAAAGAGAAAGCCGAGAUACUGUCUACAGAAAACUCAACGGAAGUUGUGAAGCGACUGGCGGAGGCAGUCGUCCGAAGCCUGCUGGACAUCUCAGACCUUCAGGAGGCAGCCUACCUCCAGCACGAGACAGCCAGAUUACAUCGCAACGCCUACGCCGCCAAGGAUUUGGCCUCUAUUACCUCAGUAUUUGAAAAGGCUAAAGAAAUUCGAGAAAGGGUUUCUAAUCUCGACCACAGUGGAAAAGAUGAGUCCCAGAAGCCCCAAAUGCUGAGUGUCAUUGCAACGAGACCAGCCAUCAUGGCUCUCAGUGACAAUGGGUGUUUGGCCAAAGUUAUGGUCGAGCGAACAGGAAUUCAUGUACAUGCCCUGCAGUCUGCUUCCACUGCUUUCAGCGUUGCAAUUAAGUUGGGGAUCCUGACUUCCUGCAUGAACAACGAUGCGCCUGUUACCUUCCUGGACAUCAAGGCAGGAGAGAGGAAACUUGGAAGAAUCUAUAUCACCCUUGAUGGGAAAAUGCGAAGAGCUCAGCAGUUCAUAGCGCUGUGCCUAGGAACACUUGGACCUUCCUACAAGGGCACAAAGUUUGAUGGCGUCAGUGAGAGAGACUUGCCAGGGGAGUACAUCAGAGGGGGAGAUUACCAAGGUCGUGGGGGUCUGGGAGGAGAAGCACUGAUGGAUAAUCUUGAAUGGGGUGGCAGCUGGUCAAAACCCAAGAAAGCUGGUCAAGUGUGUGGCGUCGGCGGGGAAUUAGAAAGGAAGUUCGGAUCUCUGUUUGCUGUGUGUCUUCGUGACGAUCCAAAAGACACUUUUCGAAGUCCCUUUGGACAGGUAACCAAGGGGCUAGAUGUCCUUGAGGUCGCCACGAGGCACAAGCCCUUCAAUGUGGUGCACAUCAGUGACUGUGGAGUUCUUAUUCCUUUCCGAUCAGAGGAGUUGCAGUUGUAGCAAUGGUAUCAGAUAGCUGAAGUUGCAGUGAGGAUCAGAAUGGAUGGAACUGUGCGAAUGACGUCAAGAGAGAUUGAGAGGCUAUACCUAGCAAUGAUAUAACAAAGGGACGAAGUUGUAACAUUGGUGCCAAAGAAGCUGAAAUUGCAUUAGUACUAAGUAAUACUGAGCUUCUUGUGGUGAUUAUCAUGAAUGCUGAAGUUGUACUGAUGUCAUCAGAGGCUCUGAACUUGUAACAAUAAAACCGCAAAUGCAGGGGGUAGUAAAAGAGCUUUAUAAAAGAAAGUGAUGCUACAAGGUAUCAGGGAACCAGAAACUGAAACAAUAUGUUGGAGGGGCCGAGGUUAUUAGUUAGAAAAAUAGAAUAGAGUGAAAUACUGACACAACCGAUCGGCAGGUGUUGUAGUAAUGAUCUGAAACUUUUGUUAUUGUUUCCUUUCAUAUGGUUUAGCUACUCAAUACUGUUUCACCAUGAUUUUAAUUUCAUACAAAUAUUCAAACUUGCAUUCAAUCAUCCCAUGGAGAGUGAUAUUGCUAGCUGACCUGGCACACAUAAUCCACAAAUAAAACAAUCUAUAACAUUU